GCUUUCUACGAGCCGUGGCCUUGUCUGGGAAGGACGAGUCGAAUAAACUUCUAGAAGGGUCAAGAGGCCGAAGCCCAUUGUCGCCUGAGUCACCUCACAGCAAGUCGAUGUUCAGCAACACCUCAGAGCCUUCCUCAAACAAGCGAAAACGAGUGUCGCAUGAGUGUCUCGUACCGAUGAGUAUCACUUGCCACCAAAAAACCAUGCUCCCUGUUCGCAAUGCUAGCAUCCUCCGGCGAUACUAUGAGAAGGCCUUCGAAGGCCUACAGCAGAUCAACUGCCGCAUCCUUGCCAAGGCAUACAUCAAGCUUGUUGAGCCGCGGAAGCAGGUCAACUAUCCGUACAACGGACGCAAGAUCAUUUCUGGCACAUCUCAACAGUUUGAUCCCGAGCUCACUAAGCCAGCCUGGUGGCCAGCGGGCGUUACCCACAGAGAGCCUGAUCACCUUCUCAAGAACGAGCGAGUCAAACUUCUGGUGCAUAUUCUGUGCGAGUUGCGCGAAAGCCACGCUAUCUGCGUCGAGAAACUCAAAGAAGCGGAUCAAUCUGUGCGUCGACAGAUUCAACCCGUCGAGCGGUUAGCUAUACUGGAUGAGAUCUACCAUGUCCGCGGAGAGCAAGAACGGUACCUGGAAGGCAGAACAGACGGGCCCAUGGUUGUGUGCGUAUCGCGCGUCCACCUUCCCGAGCAGCUCGCGGAUAGCCAGGCGAUGGGCUCCCCGACCAGCUCAUCCAUGAAAGACAGCGUGAAUCCGGUGUACCGAAAAGAGAUCCCCGACCUGGAAUCGCACACCUCCGUCUUCGACUCCUGCAGCAGCUCCGCGGUCACCCCGAAGAGCAGCACCGGGACUAUUUCCACCAAACCCCUCGAGCCCUGCAAAGGCCCAACCAUCCAGGUCUCGUGGGACAGCAGCGCCCCGACUUCCUCAUAUGCACCUAUCGGCGGCAGCAGCGCCUCCCGACGGUCACGCGAGGGAGAAAGCACAGCCGGCUACUCCCUUGACCUGACCAGCAGCUCUAUGUACCACCACGAGCCAUCGACCCUCGAAACCAGCUCGCUUCCUCUCCGAUACUACCCUCACAGCCAAGCGCAGCAGACACUGCCUGUGAUCGGACUCUCGAACACCGAUCUCGGAGGCUGCCCGAACCCGUAUUAUUUCAAUUAUUGAUCUUCCCAAAACUCCAAGCGCGAACGCAUUUCUUCUAUUGUGUGCCAUCAAACGAGUGGAAAAGAAUUUUCCAAAAAAGCCUGGGUCUCGCUCCCACCGGGUGGUUGAGAGGGGUCGCUUCACUAACUUUAGUUUCUAAUAUUGAAUGAACUUCAUCAUAUAG